UAUGAAAGCAUUGUCACUGCCAUAAAAAACCAUAUUUCUAGAAAGAAUGGGUGCUCCUACUCCAGUUGCUGUAGGAACAAGAGGCACAAUUGGAUCCCUUGUGAGGAAGGAAAUUGAGUACUUCUCCAAAUUUGAGAUAGGAAACUCACAGAGACCUCAACCUCAUUAUGUUUGCAGAGCUAGUUUUUGGGUGUUUCUGAUGACAGGAAAGAGAAGGAAGAGAAGAGAUAACAGUGUGUUUCUCCCAAAAAUGUGUUCUGUUACACAAGUGGUGAAGAGCAGUGAGUGGAACAGAGUUCCUGGUUAUGGCUACAGGAUCCUCAAGGAUGACAUCGAUAACAUUCAUCUCUGACUGAAUUUCAAUCUACUUUCUUCAAUUACUCUCCUCUUGUAUCUUGAAUUUCAAAAGUUAAUGUUAUUUUCACUUUCUGUUGCCAAAUAUUAGGCAAAGUUAUGAAGUUCUUGAGUGUGAAAAAAUAUAGAAAUGCAAAUGGAGAUUGGAAGUGUGAGUAGCAGC